AUGGCAACUGCAUUCGUGUUUCUGCUGGCGACAGCAGCCGCAGCGUGCUGGUGUUCCGGCGCGGCGGCGUGGACGCCGUGGGCGAAACCAAGCCCCCCGGGCCCGCAGAACUUCGACGACCAAAGCGUCGACCCGGUCCCCUCUUCUACGCGGGACUUCGAGUACACGAAGGCGCGGAAGGCGGCGCCGUUUUACCCGGAGUCGGAGGCCCCGGUGGUGGAGGUGGAGCCGCAGCAGGAGAGGUUCAGGGGCCUGCACGCCGCAGAGGUGGGCCGCCGCGCACGCAUGCAGGGCUGGACCACUGGUUAA